GAGAGUCGAAAGUUCACCACCCACCUCAUCGCCGAUCCCCAUCAUCCGCACGCUGCAGAGUCUGAUCCACCCGGUCUAUCACACUCCGAUUAUUGUCUUGUCUCCCCGCUGGCCCCGCCGCCACGUCCGGCGCCAAUCGGUUCAACUCGUUAUAGAUGUCCGAGUUCGCCAACAGCUCCUCGGACGUCAGAUGGCCCGUGCCUUCGGUCGAGAACGACGGGGUGGUGGUGGUGGUGCUGCUCGAAGUUGACGACCGCACAGACCCGCUCGAGUGGACGUCGAGCGACCCUGCCCCUGUCGAGGCCGCGUACUGGUGUUGUUGCUGUUGGUGCCCGGCGGACGACGAAGUGGACGGGUGGUUGCUGGCUCGGCCUGAUGAGCUCUUUCGGCCUCCGCCUCCGCCGCCGGCUUUUGAGGAGGACAUGAGUGUUGGAGUGGUUUCGUGUUCGUGUUGUUGGUUGUUGAGGCUGGAGGGGAGAGAAGGGAGAGCUUCAGUUUGCGGGGUACGUCCUCGAUCCUCUUCUUUUUGUGUCCCUGGUGUUCCGAUGCUCUGCGGUGGUCUGUUUGACGGAAAGAUGUGCCUUUGCUCUCUUCGCUCAAAACACACACAAUCCGAACGCUUCUCAAGGGGCUCGCCAAGCCUUUAUAUCUCUCCCCCCACCCUUUCUCAUCCCCGUUUACACAGGACAGUCAUUCCUCUGGCUCUUGGCAUGGCCUUGUCAUCGUUGGCUACCCGUCGUCCUCCUCACCAUCGUUCGUUUGACGUGGUUCCUCCACGGAAAGCUGCAGCCUUCGUGUCAUGUUGCUCCGGUGAACGCGACAAUGGACAAUCCGGUAGUGUCUCGUUUCUCUCUGAUAGUAGUUGCUGUGUUGCUUGUUGAUGGGGUGAAUGGGGCGGCGCUGUGCUCUCUGCUGGAGUUGGCCUGAUCACUUCGGUUCCCUAUUGGCUCAGGUCCUGGAUAGCCGGCAGUCGUUUUGAGGUUGUGGACGGGGAUGAUCGCUCUCUGUACGCUUCACUGCUCCAAUAAGCGGAUCACGGGUG